AACAAAACCCUAACCAGAUGUCAUCCUGUUCAAUUGAUUGUUGUUUCCGCUGAAAAUCGAUGGCCCUGUCCUUAAUCCAAUGCUCCAAAACCCCUAAAUUUCUGCCCACUAAUCAUUUUCUGAAAUCCCGUUCAGUUCCGCUUCAACCUACAUUUCUUAGGUUUUCUACAUUGCAGCAACGGAGCUGCAAAGGAUUGAUUUGCGCGGCAUUUUCUGCCGCCGGAAGUUCUGGUUCAAGCAGCGAUGUAAACCCAUAUGAGGUUCUUGGUGUAAACCCUCUUGAGGGAUUUGAUAUGGUCAAGGCAGCUUACAAGAAAAAGCUCAAGGAUGCCGAGAGGAGAGGUGAUGAAGCUGCAGCUGCUCAAUUGGAAAAAGCGUAUGACAAAAUCAUGAUGUCUCAGUUGACGAAAAGGAAGCAUGGUGAAACAUUCGGUUCAUUUAAGGUUUCAAAAGAUAUAAAGUAUGCUGAUAAACUGCCAGUCAUUCCAUGGGGACCAAGGUUUACCAAAUCUGAGACCAAAGAUAUUCAAAUCAAUAUGGCAAUAUCAGCUGUCUUUACAGCUUGGAUAUUUAUCAAGCGAUAUGCUGAAUACAAACCUUUGCAAUUUUUGGCAUUUGUGUUUGUCUAUCGGAUAUUUGAGAAGUUAAAAGCAGUUGAACCUCCCUCAUCUCCGACAUUUAGUGAAGAAGGUGGUGAGGAUGAAGGGAGGAUGUUGAGAAUGGGUAAAAGGCUGCUCCGAUCUCUUUCACUGGUUUUUGGCUGUUUAGCUUUUGCCUCUCUGGGCUACACUGGUGUUUUAAAUGUGAUUGAAUAUGCGGCUGGCUUUGUACCUGUUUUCUUGUACAACAACCAGGAAUUGCUUGUAACUGCAUCAUCAGCGCUCAUGCUCUACAUUCUAGCCUCAUACUACCGAUGAGCUCCUACACUUUCAGAUUUGUGGUUGGUGGUGGCAUUCACUAGGGCAGAGAAUUAUGUGGUGGGUGAAGUUAUAUUGUUAUUACUUAUCAGUGCCUAUCAAUUGAGGAAAAUAACAGAUUUCAGCUUUCUGUAUAUGAUUUCAAAUUUUGGAACUCGGCAAAGUUGACCCCAAACAAAUCAAAAUAAAAAGGAAAUAUGUUGUGUAUUUGUUGUGAUUUAAAGCUAGAACCUAUUCUCUCAAAAAGCUUAUCUUUUUUUCUUGA